AUGUCAGGAACCCAUGAUGAUCCCACCGGUCCUCACAGCUCUCAUACUGCCAACACUGCCGAUCCUACUGUACCUAAUACUUCCAAUGCUACCACUGGCACUGGGGGCUUCUCCGGUACCCACCAUAGCUCUGGUGUAAGCACUGGCCUCGGUACUUCUGGUAGCCAUGGCGAGCGCAACCCCGAGUACACAUCUUCUACCCAUGGUUCUACGGGUCUUGGAUCAUCAGCCACUCAUGGGAGCACUGGUCUCGGGUCCUCAACUACCCACGGCUCUACCUCUCACAAUGACCCUACCGGUCCUCACGGCUCCCACACGAUGAACAAGGCUGACCCCCGGGUCGACUCCGACCGUCUUGGAAACGCCGGUAACACUGCUGGCGCAGGCGGUUAUGGUGCUGGACAGUAUACUGAGUCCCACGGCACCCAUGGUACUACUGGCAGCGGCCUCACCGGCACAGGGCUCGGCUCUUCGACUACUGGAGCUUACAGCUCAGGUAACAGCAGUGGACUGACUGGUGGUCACGGCACUGCCGAUUUCAACGACCCAACUGGUCCCCACAGCUCACGCAUGGCCAACCAGGCUGACCCCCGCGUCGGUGGUGUUGGUAGCACUGGAGCUGGCGCAUACAACACUACGGGAACCGGUCUCACCGGCCAUAGCACUACCGGUGGUCUUGGACACUCCCACAACGACCCUACCGGCCCCCACGGCUCCCACAUGGCCAACUCUGCCGACCCGCGUGUUGGGGGUGUAGGUAGCACUGGCGGUCUUGGCCACUCUCACAAUGACCCCACUGGCCCUCACAGCUCUCACAUGGCCAACUCGGCCGACCCGCGUGUCGGAGGUGUAGGCAGUACAGGCACAGGAGCCUACGGCAGCAACGCUGGCGGCAUCGGCUCAGGCAACAUGGGCCAAGGAGGAUACACCACAGGUGAGCACGUCAAGACCGUCCCAGGGGAGGUCGAGGGAACAGGCCGUGACAACCUCUCUCACCGCAAUAACGAGAGUGGCGAUCUUCCCAAGGCCCUCACCGAGCCUGUUUCCCACGCUGAGCCUCACUCUUCUCUGCAACAUGACCAACACGUUUCAGGUGGCGCUCACGGCACUCAUGGUACCACUGAUGUUCACGGCAAGCCAUCCAUGAUGGACAAGCUGAACCCCAAGAAGGACGCUGACCACGACGGCAAGACUGGCAUCAUGGACUAG